AUGGCCAUGCUAUGGUGGAGGCGUAAGGAGGCCGAGAUAGGGAAGGGGUCGUGCACUAUCAACACCUGGGAGAAAUUCCGAGAAGAGUUCAAGAAAGCCUUCUUCCCCAACAACUGCCCUGAACUGAAGAGCCUUGGUGCCAUCCUGCGAGAGCGGAAGGAGAAAGGCGCCCAGGAGCAAGAACAAGGCGAAGGGACGACGCAGUUGGGCUUGAUAGGGCUAUGCGGAGCAAUCACCAAGCAGCCAGAGAAGCUAAAAGGAUGCGGCGUGCAAUAUGUCGACCUUAAGAUCAAUGGAAAGCCCGCUUGUGCUUUGGUCGACACGGGUGCAGAGGUCAAUCUCAUGACCAAGAAGGCAGCAACGAGGUUAGGGCUGAGUUACAGUCCAAGCAGCGCCCAACUCAGGACAGUCAAUGCACCCCCGACUCCUGUGAAUGGAGUUGCGCAUGGAGUAAGCAUCACGCUGGGCGAGUGGCAAGGUAAGACCAACUUCACUGUUGCUCCUGUAGAUCUUUUUGACAUAAUUCUUGGGCAGGAGUUCUUCCAGCAGUGCCACGCGGCGAUCGACCCUCACCUCCAACGACUUCUAGUCAUGGAGCAAGGAAGAUCAUGUAUGGUGCACAUGGUCCAGGUGCCGAAGACGGAAGGACAAGUCCGCCUAACGGCCAUGCAGCUCGAGAGAAGACCUAAGAAGAAGGAGCCAGCGUCUAGAGCCACCAUUGCAAGUUCGAAGAAAGACAAUGGUGCAAAAGGGUCCCUGCCGCCACGCAUGAAGAAGGUUCCAAAAGGGAACAAUGCCGUAAUGCCAAAGAAGCCACCGAGGCGCUUGCCUCCUAAGAAGGAGGACGGUCCUAAGUCCGAGCUAGAAACGAUAUGGAAGACAAUGAAGGCGUUGCGCAAGGGCCUUGAUCGAGUCAAUGGACUAUUGGUCGCGCAUGCCCAAGGCUCGGAUGACAAUGUAGCAGUAAUGCGACGCGGUCGUCGCAUCAAUAGGUGGGGGAGAAUGUCACGUCCCGCCACGUCACAGUGA